GCCGGCCGAAGCAGUGGAGACAGAGCAUCAUGAGGAAGGCGGAUGUGCUCUCCAUCAGAGACGUGCGGGAAGACGACAUCGGGAAUUACACCUGCGAAUUACAGUUUGGGAGUUUCGUGGUGAGGAGGACCACCGAGCUGUCCGUCACAGCCCCGCUGACUGACAAGCCUCCCAAGAUCCUGUACCCAUCUGAAAAUAAGAUGAGUGUCUUGGAGAUGCAGCUGGGCAGCCCCGUGAACCUGACCUGCCGAGCUUUCUUUGGCUACAGUGGAGAUGUGAGUCCUCUCAUCUACUGGAUGAAGGGAGAGAAGUUCAUUGAGGAUCUGGACGAAAGCCGAAUCAGAGAAAGCGAAAUCAAAACUAUUCGGGAGCACUUGGGAGAGCAGGAGGUAUCCAUCUCGCUGACCAUAGAUGCCGUAGAGGAGAGUGACCUGGGAAACUACUCCUGUUAUGUAGAGAAUGGCCACGGCAGACGACAAGCCAAUAUACAGCUCAGCAAGAGGGAACUCAUGUAUACGGUGGAGCUGGCUGGAGGUUUGGGAGCCAUUCUGCUGAUGUUGAUAUUUUUGGUGUCCCUGUAUAAGUGUUACAGAAUUGAACUCAUGCUCUUCUACAGAAAUCACUUUGGCAGUGAGGAUGUGGAAGGAGAAAAUAAAGACUAUGAUGCAUACGUGUCCUACACAAAAGUGGAUCCAGACCAGUGGAGUCAGGAAACCAGAGAGGAGGAACAUUUUGCUUUGGAGAUUCUGCCAGACGUUCUGGAAAAGCAUUAUGGGUAUAAACUCUUCAUUCCUGACAGGGACUUGAUACCAACUGGAAGUUUCACCAAUGAUCAUUUCCAGGAUGACACAAGACUCCUUAGAGCGUAUAUCGAGGAUGUAGCUCGCUGCGUUGACCAGAGCAAACGCCUCAUCAUCGUGAUGACGCCCAACUACGUGGUGAGGCGCGGCUGGAGCAUCUUCGAGCUGGAGACGCGGCUGCGCAACAUGAUGGUCAGCGGCGAGAUCAAAGUCAUCCUCAUUGAAUGUGCCGAGCUUCGGGGAAUCAUGAACUACCAGGAGGUGGAGGCUCUCAAACACACCAUCAAACUGCUGACGGUCAUCAAGUGGCCGGGACCCAAGAGCAGCAAGCUCAACUCCAAGUUCUGGAAGCAGCUGCAGUACGAAAUGCCCUUUAAGCGGCCCGAGCCCAAGCUGUCGCAUGAGCAGGUGCUGGACGUCAGCGAGCAGGGCCCGUUUGGAGAGCUGCAGACCGUCUCUGCCAUCUCUAUGGCCGCGGCCACCUCCACCGCCAUGGCCACCGCGCAUCCCGAGCUGCGCUCCACCUUCCACAACACUUACCACACGCAGCUGCAGCAGAAGCACUACUACAGGAGCUACGAGUACGACAUUCCCUCGUCCGGCACUCUCCCGCCGCUGUCCUCGCUGGGCAGCCAGCACACCUACUGCAACAUCCCCAUGACUCUGUUGAAUGGCCAGCGGGUGCAGUGCAAGCCGGGCCGCGAGCAGCAGCAAGCGCUGGAGGAGCAGCACGUCAACAACGCCAUGCUUCCGCUGCUGCCCCGUGAGACCAGCAUUUCCAGCGUGAUCUGGUGACGCCGUUGGGAAGGGACGUUUCUGCAAAUGGCACUUAUUAAGACCCUUACAAACUGCUGCUGUUGACUUUGCACUGCGAUUCACACGUAGGGGGUGGAAACCGAAGGGACGCGAUGAAGACAGGCCGACGGGGACACUGAUAGCACACGU